AUGAGGCCGCCCCAGAGCCGGGGCAGGAGGGAGCCGAGCCGGGCCGUGCCGGGCCGCGCUUGCCGGGAGCUGGAGACGCCAACCAUGUCCUGCCUCACCCGAGCGCUGGUGCUGCUGCUGGGCACGCUGCUGUGGGCACCGUGGCGGGCACUGCACGGGGCACCGCUGGCAGAGCUCUCCGGGGACCAGGACUUCCAACUCUUCCUGCACAAGAACCUGGAGUUCACUCGCAAGAUCAAGGGGGACGUGGCCGCGCUGCAGCGCGUGGUGUGUGACACAUUCCAGCUGUGCGAGGAGGAGGAGCUGCUGCUGGUGCGGCAGCACCUGGGCAUCGCGCAGGCAGCGCUGGAGCAGUGCCACGGCCGCACCUUCCAGGCGGAAGCCUGCUUCAGCCAGAUCCGCGAUGGGCUCCGCGUCUACCACGGCUCCCUUGCUGCCAUCCUGGAGCUGCUGCCCGGCCAUGCCAGCCUGGUGGAGACGCUGCAGCUGGAUGCUGCCAACCUCUCCUCCAACAUCCAGCAGCAGAUGGAGGACCUGGGCCUGGCCACGGUGACAUUCCCCACGGAGGCCCAGAGCCCCCUCCCCACCUUCUCCUCCCACUUCCACCACCAAGUUGGCAGCUUCUUCAUCCUGGCCAACUUCCAGCGCUUCCUGGAGACAGCCUACCGGGCGCUGCGGCACCUUGCCCGCCUCUGAUGCCCGGCCCUGGCACCGCU